AUGGACUCCUCACGUCUUCCACCCGAGACCCCGCGCAGACAGCUGCUCAAGCGCAUCCACAGGAGGAGCUCCAUCCUCCCCUCGAUCCUCCCCUCGAUGGACCCUGCAUCUCACACGGCAACUUCCUCUUCUACAAGCUCGACUCGUUCGACAUCACGACGCACAUCGCUCAUUCCUGACAACACGUCUCCACUUCUAGGCACUACUGCAUUGGAAAAGCACGACGAGGCGGACGAAGACUAUGAGCGGACCGACCAACACCAUGUCAAGUCCGAGGCUGAACGGUUCGACGACCAACCAGACUCAACAAGUGUCAAUCGAGAUGAGCAGGAAUUCCAUGACGAUGAGAAUGGCGAGGAGGCUGCAUGGGCUCAGGUGGAUGAACUGAUGGACACGCUUCAGCUUCGGAACCAACGCAUCCUCGAGCUAGAAAAGAGUGUUUCGCAGCUCCAGCGUGACCUGCAAGUCGAGAAAGACCGCACAAGAUCAUCCAAGGCCAAGGGCAGCUCCGCCAAUACUGAAGAAAAGGGGCUCACGAGAGCAGCUGCAGUCAAGCUCGAGCGCGAGUUCCUAUCGCAAGAAAUGAUCCUCAAAGGCUUGCAACGCGACAACGAGGAUAAGACGCUCGAGGUCGAGGCGCUUCGGCGCAAAGUUAAGAUCAUGUCCGACUUUCUCGCGCGACAGUACGGUGCUGACGAUUGGGAGGCUGUCGUCUCUGCUUCGUCCGGUCUUGCCUCUGUCUCCGCCGGAGCGAAAGAGUCACUAUCAACAGCGAGUCCAGACAAGGAAAGCCUCAGUGCAGUGGCCCGUGUGCUCAACGCUGCGAACGCUGGUAGUCCGCGUGCAGCCAACAGGGGCAAGUUCACACCAGUGCUCGGCUGCGAUGUCGGUAUGAAUCCCUUUCUACCCUCUGCUUCGAGUCCUACCAAAGGUCCCGGUGCCAGCAACAACGACGAUAUGGUCAUCCCCACCCUUGCUAGGCUACAAACACCAACAUCCAGCCCCAGCAAGCUGUUCAUCUCGUCAUUUGCAGCACCUGCAUCAUCUCACGCAGCUGCAGAAGCAAAAGCAGAAGCAAAUACAGAUGCAGACACAGAUGCAGACACAGAUGCAGACGUAUCGGUCGACCAAGCUGCUGCUGCGCAUUCCGAGCAAGCGUCGAUGCCAACGCACAACACUCUGGAUCGCAGAACUGAUACCAAGGGCGCUCUGCCAGCGGGCGUGGAUGCCAACGUGCUGCUCGCGUCGAUCGAAAGCGUCCGUCUACUCAUCCAAGGCUUUGAAAGGAAGAAUGCGAUGCGCAGAGCCGAGCUCGAGUCGACCAUCGAUAAAGCUAUCGAAGCAGAGCGCAGAGCGGAGCACCUUCAAGCGCAUGCGUCGGCUGUGUCUGCCCUUGCACCGUCGUCGUUCGAGCCAAAUUCGAUCACUACCUAA